UUUUCUGCGCUUACCCCAACAUACGCACACUUCGGAUCAUCUUAAUGGGGCCGCUGUGUUCUCCACUUUAUAAUUUGGCUUCAGAAAUGUUGUCUGACAGUUUUUUCAACAGGAGCUUCUUGUCAAAUCUGGAUUGUGGUCCUGGAGCAGAAGAGCAACAUCUAAACUAACGGAUCUUGUUAUAAUCAGCUGAUUUAGAUUGAUUUGGACGCACUGGAUUUCCUGGAACGCACCAAAGAACGCAGAGGUUUCUGGGACUAUACGUCGGAGACCAAAAUAUCUUGGUCAGACAAACACCAUAUAGGCCAUAAAGUCCACACACUGGGCUGGAAAUAAGUCAGAAAUGCUUCACUGUGAAAGCUGUGAAAAGCCUAUUCUUGAUAGGUUUUUGCUGAAAGUUUUGGACAGACCAUGGCACAUCAAGUGUGUCCGCUGCUGUGAAUGCAAGUGUAGUUUGACAGAAAAGUGUUUCUCACGAGAGGGGAGACUAUAUUGUAAGAAUGAUUUCUUUAGGAGAUUUGGGACUAAAUGUGGAGGAUGCGCCCAAGGAAUUUUACCCAGUGAUCUUGUCCGCAGAGCCAAGAGCAAAGUGUUUCACCUGAACUGUUUUACCUGCAUGAUGUGUAACAAACAACUGUCGACCGGAGAGGAACUGUACAUACUGGACGAAUUCAAGUUUGUUUGUAAAGAGGACUACCAAAAUAACAAUGGGAAAGACACAAUCCUCCUUUCAGUCACGACGUGCAGCGACCCAAGUUUGUCCCCAGACUCUCAAGACCCGCAGGAUGACGGGAAGGACUCCGAAACGGGCCAUUUAUCUGAUAAAGAAGUGUGCAACAACGAGAACGACGAGCAGAGCGCCGUCGGAAAAAGACGGGGCCCUCGGACCACCAUAAAAGCCAAGCAGCUCGAGACCCUGAAGGCAGCAUUCGCAGCCACACCGAAACCCACCAGACACAUCCGAGAACAGCUGUCACGGGAGACUGGCCUGAGCAUGAGGGUGAUCCAGGUUUGGUUCCAGAACCGUAGGUCCAAGGAGAGACGCAUGAAGCAGCUGAGCUCCCUGGGCGCACGGAGACACGUGUUUUUCCGUGGGCCGAGGAGGAUGAGGGCGUUGGGUGAGAGACUGGAACCAGGGGAGCUCGGACACUUCUCAUACUACGGAGAUUAUCCUGGUGAAUACUACGGCUCAGGAGGGAAUUAUGAGUACUUCCAAGGGCCACCACCAUCCCAGGCUCAGACUCCAGCAGACUUGGGCUUCGUGCCUUCCUCUGUCCCCGCUGGCACUCCUUUAGGGGCCCUAGACCACCACCAUCCCGGACACCACUGUCCCACAGAGGUGCAGUGUUUCUCUGACACAAUGUCUCACCACCCUGCGGACUCACCGAGCCCAGAGCCCAAUGGACCGGGCUCAAUGCACAGCAUCUCCAGUGAGAUGUGUGGACCCAGCACACCGUUCACCACUGUGGCCCUCAGUGACAACGGAUACACCAACCAGCUCUCACAACCCUCCUCAGAACUGAGCGAAGGCACUGUGUGGUAACACUCACCCAGAAGGCACACAAAGCUCAAGUCAAAAUAAUGCUUUUAUUUGUUUGUCAAAAGUACAUUUAUUUAUUUAUUUAUUUAUUUAUUUAUUUAUGUAUUUAUUUGCUCUUCUGUUGGGCCCUAUUUAACUAUUUAUAUAAAUCUCUAUAUUUGUAUGUCAGUAUAAUUGUUCAUCGACUGGUCAAUCAAUACAUACUUUUAAAUAAUCCAUGGAAAUUUGACUCAUUAAUAUAUUAACAAUGAUUUAUUGAGCAAUAAAUAAAUACAGCUGUCGGCUGAACAAAAUGUCUUUUCAGCCCCAUCAUAUUUAUAAUUGUCUCUAAAAAUGUCAAUGUGAAGUGCAUGUUAGCAUUUUUUUUAUUAUCUUUUAUCCUGAUGAAAUACAACAUGCAUGUUGUCAAGUACAAUGUUUUACAAUUAAUUUCAACAAAUUAUGAUUGUGACAUUUAAUACAUCUGACCAAACCUCUCUCAGGACACAGUAAACAUUGCUUUGUCAAUUCUGUUUGUCAGACAUCUCCUUAGUUUUUUUUUAUUUAUUCAUUUUUUAAUUGCCAACACAGGUUUGCCUUCAAAAUAAAAUCAAAACAAACAUUUUAUAUGUAACAGAAAAUGAUGUGACUUUGAGGUGAGUCCUACCUUAUUGAAAUAAUGAACAAUUGUACAGAGCAGUCAACUGUUUACUUAAAGCUCCAGUAUUCAGGGGUCUGAAUAUCAGUAUUGUGUGAAACCUCUUGAUUCAUACGGACGGACCAUGUAAUGCAAACAAACCAAACUUUUGUAGCUGUUCUAUUUAUGUGGUCACUCACUGUGCUAGU